AUGAAAAUUCAAAUAGAACCAGCGCAAUUCCCCGAAGACGCUGAUUCUAUCCUCUCGCUGUUUUCUGGUUACGCCACAUCCCUCGGCAUCGACCUCACCUUUCAAUCGUUUCAAGAGGAACUUGAUUCUCUCCCUGGGAAAUAUGCUCCAUCUCAAGGGGGAGCUCUUUUGAUCGCACGGGUAGACACGGGUGUUCAAGAACAUAAUACAGAUGGACUAGUCGACCCAAUCAUACCCCCGCAGUUCCCUUCUGCUCUCGGAUGUGUGGCACUCCGGCGCAGCUCAGAUGGCUGGUGCGAAAUGAAGCGUCUAUAUGUUCUCGAGGAAGCUCGCGGAGAACGUCUGGGUGAAAAACUCGUCCAGGCGAUCCUCGCCCAAGCCAGAGCUCUGGGAUACCGCGGAAUGCGCCUGGACACUCUACCUGAAAUGACAGCGGCACAACGAUUAUAUCGGAAAUAUGGAUUUGUGGAUAUUGCACCGUAUUAUGAUACUCCGAUACAAAGGACUGUUUUCAUGGGUUGUGAACUUUUGUGA